UGUCCGGUUCUCCUGCGCGUGGUUCCGAAGGGCGCCGGUUUCCCGCAGCAGGCGGUAUGGGCAGGGAGUCACGCCACUAUCGGAAGCGAUCAGCAUCACGGGGACGCUCUGGAAGUCGAUCUAGAAGUCGUUCACCCUCAGACAAAAGAAGUAAACGUGGAGAUGAUAGACGGUCUAGAAGCAGGGAUAGAGACAGGAGGAGAGAGAGGUCUCGUAGCAGGGAUAAAAGAAGAUCUCGGUCAAGAGACAGGAAGCGUCUGAGGCGUUCCAGAAGUAGAGAGAGAGAUAGAAGUCGAGAACGAAGAAGAUCUCGAAGUCGGGACAGGAGACGUUCAAGGAGCAGAAGCCGAGGCCGAAGAUCCCGGUCUUCCAGUCCUGGCAAUAAAAGCAAGAAAGCUGAGAAUAGGUCUAGAUCCAAAGAGAAAACAGAUAGUGGGGAAAGUUCUAAAGAGAAGAAAAAAGACAAAGAUGACAAAGAGGAUGAAAAAGAAAAGGAUGCUGGUAACUUUGACCAGAAUAAGCUAGAAGAAGAAAUGAGAAAGCGAAAAGAAAGAGUAGAAAAAUGGCGAGAAGAGCAACGUAAAAAGGCCAUGGAAAACAUAGGGGAACUGAAAAAGGAAAUCGAAGAGAUGAAACAAGGGAAAAAGUGGAGUUUAGAAGAUGAUGAUGAUGAUGAAGAUGAUCCUGCAGAGGCUGAAAAGGAAGGAAAUGAAAUGGAGGGUGAGGAGUUAGAUCCAUUAGAUGCUUACAUGGAAGAAGUGAAAGAGGAAGUAAAAAAGUUUAAUAUGAGAAGUGUGAAAGGUGGUGGGGGAAAUGAAAAGAAGUCUGGGCCAACGGUCACAAAAGUUGUCACAGUUGUCACAACCAAAAAAGCAGUUGUAGAUUCUGAUAAGAAGAAAGGUGAGCUAAUGGAGAAUGACCAGGAUGCCAUGGAGUAUUCUUCAGAGGAGGAAGAAGUUGAUCUUCAGACAGCUCUUACAGGUUACCAGACAAAGCAGAGAAAGCUGCUAGAACCAGUGGAUCAUGGAAAAAUUGAAUAUGAACCAUUCAGAAAAAACUUCUAUGUUGAAGUUCCAGAAUUGGCAAAAAUGUCUCAAGAGGAGGUGAAUGUAUUUCGGUUGGAAAUGGAGGGCAUUACUGUCAAGGGUAAAGGUUGCCCCAAACCAAUUAAAUCUUGGGUUCAGUGUGGAAUUUCUAUGAAGAUCUUGAAUUCUCUAAAAAAGCAUGGUUAUGAAAAGCCCACGCCAAUCCAAACCCAGGCGAUUCCUGCGAUAAUGUCUGGACGAGAUUUGAUUGGUAUCGCCAAGACAGGAAGUGGAAAGACCAUUGCCUUCCUGUUGCCCAUGUUUAGGCACAUCAUGGAUCAGAGGUCUUUAGAAGAAGGAGAGGGGCCAAUAGCUGUCAUCAUGACUCCAACUCGAGAACUGGCUUUACAAAUUACUAAAGAAUGUAAGAAGUUUUCGAAGACCUUGGGCCUUCGAGUGGUCUGUGUUUAUGGAGGAACAGGAAUCAGUGAGCAGAUUGCUGAGCUGAAAAGAGGUGCUGAAAUUAUUGUUUGUACACCUGGUCGAAUGAUUGACAUGUUAGCAGCUAAUAGUGGUCGGGUUACAAAUCUUCGAAGAGUGACGUAUGUUGUUUUAGAUGAAGCAGACAGAAUGUUUGACAUGGGUUUUGAACCACAGGUCAUGCGCAUAGUGGAUAAUGUUCGCCCUGACAGGCAGACAGUUAUGUUUUCAGCUACUUUCCCCAGAGCUAUGGAAGCCUUGGCUCGGAGAAUCCUGAGUAAACCCAUUGAAGUGCAGGUUGGAGGCAGAAGUGUAGUUUGCUCGGAUGUGGAGCAACAAGUGAUUGUGAUUGAAGAAGAAAAGAAAUUCUUGAAGCUACUUGAACUUCUAGGUCAUUAUCAAGAAUCAGGAUCUGUCAUUAUAUUUGUGGAUAAACAGGAACAUGCUGAUGGUCUUCUGAAAGAUUUAAUGAGAGCUUCUUACCCUUGCAUGUCUCUUCAUGGAGGCAUUGAUCAAUAUGACAGAGAUAGCAUCAUAAAUGAUUUUAAGAAUGGGACCUGCAAACUUCUUGUGGCCACAUCUGUUGCUGCCCGAGGCCUCGAUGUGAAGCAUCUGAUUCUUGUUGUAAACUAUAGCUGCCCCAACCAUUAUGAGGAUUAUGUGCACAGAGCAGGACGGACUGGAAGAGCAGGCAACAAAGGCUAUGCAUACACUUUUAUCACAGAAGAUCAGGCUCGGUAUGCUGGAGACAUAAUUAAAGCCCUUGAACUGUCAGGGACUGCAGUGCCACCUGAUCUAGAGAAACUCUGGAGCGAUUUCAAAGAUCAACAGAAAGCUGAAGGGAAAAUAAUUAAAAAGAGUAGUGGGUUCUCUGGUAAGGGAUUCAAGUUCGAUGAAACAGAACAAGCUUUGGCUAAUGAGAGAAAGAAGUUACAAAAAGCUGCUCUUGGUCUGCAAGAUUCAGAUGAUGAGGAUGCUGCGGUUGAUAUUGAUGAGCAAAUUGAAAGCAUGUUUAAUUCAAAGAAGAGAGUGAAGGAUAUGGCGGCUCCUGGAACAUCCAGUGUUCCUGCUCCCACUGCAGGAAAUGCUGAGAAACUGGAAAUUGCAAAGAGAUUGGCUCUUAGAAUCAAUGCUCAGAAGAAUCUGGGCAUUGAGUCUCAGGAUGUAAUGCAGCAGGCCACCAAUGCCAUUCUCAGAGGUGGCACCAUCCUGGCUCCCACUGUAUCUGCAAAAACCAUUGCAGAGCAACUUGCUGAAAAGAUAAAUGCCAAGCUCAACUAUGUGCCUUUGGAGAAACAAGAAGAGGAGAGACAGGAUGGUGGACAGAAUGAAUCUUUUAAGAGAUAUGAGGAAGAAUUAGAGAUCAAUGACUUCCCACAGACUGCUAGGUGGAAAGUUACCUCUAAGGAAGCUCUGCAGAGAAUCAGUGAAUAUUCUGAAGCUGCAAUUACAAUCAGAGGAACAUACUUCCCACCUGGCAAAGAGCCCAAGGAAGGAGAGCGGAAAAUUUACUUGGCAAUUGAAAGUGCCAAUGAGCUGGCUGUGCAGAAAGCGAAGGCAGAAAUCACCAGGCUUAUAAAAGAAGAACUGAUCCGAUUGCAAAAUUCAUACCAACCAACAAAUAAAGGAAGAUACAAAGUCUUAUAAAACAUCCAAGAAAAACUUUUGCCUGUGCUGGUCUGUGAUAAAUGUGGCAGUUAUUGUCUUCAGUUUACAAUGUAUUUUAAAUUAAGAUUUUUAAAAUUCAGUCUUGCUGAUUUUUUUUUUUAAGUAUUAGAAACCAGUAUUUGUUACAAAUCUUCUUUCUGUAAG